AUCAAAUGACACUUUGACAGUAUGUGACCUUCCAUACUCUGAUUACCAAAUAAUUAGGUUAAACCACAUUUAUAAUGAUGCAAACAUCUAAAUUUCUUUUACGGACGGGGAAUUUCGCCUCAAAGGAUUUGAGGUUAAGAAACAAAUCCCAUCUUGAGGCCUUAAAAGAGCGAAUCUCCAAAGGCCCAACACUUCAGGACUUUAUUGAAAACCCAAAUCCAGUUCUGCCUGAUGACCCAGAUAACUGGAAAGAGUAUGAUGGCAAACUAAAACGAGAAAAGGGUGAAGAUCAAAGACUCAGAUUACCACCAUGGCUCAAAAGAACAAUUCCCACUGGAAAGAAUUUUGCGAGACUGAAAGAACAACUCAGAGAACUAAACUUACAUACUGUAUGUGAGGAGGCAAGGUGUCCCAAUAUUGGGGAGUGUUGGGGUGGUGGUGAACAUGGAACAGCAACUGCUACAAUUAUGUUAUUGGGUGAUACAUGCACUAGAGGCUGUAGAUUUUGCUCAAUUAAAACUUCAAGAAAUCCACCACCCCCAGAUGCAAAUGAGCCAAAGAAUACUGCUACAGCUAUUGCCACAUGGGGUCUGGAUUAUGUGGUCCUGACUUCUGUAGACAGAGAUGAUUUGCCUGAUGGAGGAUCAAAUCACUUUGCUGAAACUGUAAGAGAAAUUAAAAGACAGAAUUCAGACAUUUUAGUAGAAUGUCUUGUACCUGACUUUAGAGGCAAUUUAGAUCAUGUAAAAAUCAUAGUAGAUUGUGGGCUGGAUGUGUAUGCACACAACAUUGAAACUGUGGAAUCUUUAACCCCAUUUGUAAGGGAUAGAAGAGCUCAAUAUAGACAAUCUUUAUCAACAUUGGAGGCAGUGAAGAAGUUCAAUCCUGACCUAAUAACAAAAUCAUCUAUAAUGUUAGGACUAGGCGAAACAGACGCUCAAGUUCAACAAACUUUAUCAGAUUUAAGAAAUUCGGGAGUUGAUUGUGUGACUUUAGGUCAAUACAUGCAGCCUACCAAAAGACACCUUAAAGUUGUAGAGUAUGUAACACCAGAAAAAUACUUGCAUUGGGAAACAACUGGCAAGGAAAUGGGAUUUUUGUAUGUAGCCAGUGGACCUCUUGUUAGAAGUUCUUAUAAGGCUGGAGAGUUUUUCAUAGCUAGUAUUUUGAAGAACCGCAAGAUUAGUAAGGCUUAAAUACCAAUGUAAAUAUUACUGUGUAAAUGUAUACUUUAAAUAAAUUUAUUGUUGUGUCUAAAGUUUACCAAUAAAUAUUUAUAUGAAUUAUUAAAUUUAA